AUGGGUCUCAAGCAGUUCAACCUCGACCUUAGGGCCGCUACGUCCAGCUAUAACGACCCGCACGUCACAAAUGUGCGAAAGGGAGACUCAGAUGGAGAAAUUGUAUUCACCUAUGGCCUGGAAGGGCAGCCGCCCUUGGAGAUCCAGGCUCUCUCAACAGAUGCCGAUUCCUAUCCUAGACACUCGAGCUUCAUGAUAUUCACCUCGUCAGACCACGCCACCAAGGAUAUGGAUGAGUGGCUUCAGAGUUUCGCUGCCUUGACCGAAGGCAAGAAUGUGACCGAAGUCAUCUCGCUGGUUUCCAGACGGUUGACUGCCAAGCUCAGCAACAGCGAUCCAUCUACAGCCGUCAUCAGCAGCGAUGAGGAUGGGGCAGAUGGCGACUCUGCAUUCGACAGUGACGACUUCUCCCAGGACGAUGAGGACGAGGAGUAUCGCAUUGAUAUCACACCGCUGCCGCCUAGAAGACCGGCUGCGAGAUGUGCGGCUGGCUCUCCAGGAUCGACCACUCGCUUGAAGCGGCACCUGCGAGACGCCAAGAGGGAAGGUUUUUGUAUCUCUGUCCCGUUCACGAAGAAGGUCGACAACCUCUCUGGUAUCUUCUCGCUGUCCAUCCGUGUUUCGAAACUCGGCAUCCCAGAGGAAGCCUUGGAGGCAUGGGACCUCAGGUCCUCGGAGUACGUGGUCAUGUUGAUCAAAUUGCCAAUGGGAUAUCCCUCUGCGAUCGAGUUUAUACGUCUACCCUCCGACCAGUCAAUGGUGCAAUUCAGAUUCGGUAAAUGUGCCAGUCCAAAGCCGUCCUACCAUACAAUGAGACGGAUGUUCGAGUCUGACCAUAGCACGGAGUCCCAGCAUCCUCCCCACGAAGACAACAGCAGGGACAGCGAUCAUUUUCUACCGCUGUACAUGUCAGCAUCUCUCAAUCCCCUGCUCAACCAAGAGUUCCCUAGUCUUCUACGACUUCGACGAUCCGACAACUUUUCCUGGGACCAAGCACAGGCAUUCAAGUUCGAUCUGAGUCGAGGUAGUCACUUCAGAGACGCUCCCUCUUCGGUCAAAAACUCUAAAGAUGACUGGGACAGCUCUGCUGAUUGGUUUAGUCUUGAGUUCCUUCGACGAGACUACGUCUCAGCAGGUGAAGAUCUCAACAUCUUUCUUGUGGCGAUGCAGUUCGGUCUGCAGAGACUAAUCAAAUGCACAAAAUACUGCAUGGUCUGCCAUCAAAGAAUGGAUGGAGGGUUUGAGGCCGUCAAGCCUUUCGUCUGCGGAAACCUGCUCUGCCUUUACCAGUACCUGUCUCUCGGGUUUGGCCAGAGCAUCGAGCACGACAUUAUAAACAACCCAGCCGUGGUCGAUCUCCUUGUCUCAUUCUUCUACUCUGCCGUUUUCAGCAAUCGUCUUCGCGAAUUUCCCCAAGGACUGGGUCUGAAAUGGGCUGAUCCAGGCUCCCUCAAGGACCCCUCAGAGUAUCUGGACGUGGAGGUGUCCUUCAGGGACAAGAAGAUUCGGUUUUCUAGCGCCGACUAUGGCUCUCAUAAAAAGAUGAAGGAGGGUGACUGUGUCCUUCUUGUCAUCAGGCCCAAGGAGAUGACAACAACAGUGCCUAUCGUGCACUCGACUGUGGAGAGACACACGUGCAUCAUCGAAUCGCCCGGGAACUCGGAGUGCACUUUUCGAAUCAUUGAGACACAAACAGCGCCCAUCAACGUUCUGCCACUAUCGGAAAACGAGAUGAGAACCCAUGCGACCCAUCCGAGCACAGACUGGGUUCGCGUCAUGCUUUUCCACCACAACAAGGAUAUCGAUGAGCUUCAGACCGCGGACCGUGAUUACAAUCUCAUUCAACUGACUAGGAUGAUCCCGUCUGUCGAGGAAAUGAGAUCUUACCUUGUGGAAAGGCCAGGAAGUAGCCUGUCCCUUUGGAAGGGCAUGAAUAAUUCGACAUUGGCUCUCCUCAACUGGAUCGUGGCAUCGAACAGAUCUUUCAUUGUUCAAGACGGCCCAAUUCCUAAUGGCCAAUCGCCGGCGGGAGGGACAGCAGACAGUCCCAGCAUUGUCCAGGGCAUGGGAGCGGGCUGGAUGCAGUUUCGCUUCGCUCAGGGCUCGCCGGAGAAGGAAGAGGCUUUCUUCAAGGAGCUCACGAAACUGACAGAAAUUGGCGGGCAACCAAAAACACACCCAAGUCUAUUCGCAUGGCAUGGAAGUCCGCUCGAGAAUUGGCACAGCAUCAUUCGAACUGGGCUUGACUUUUCUACGACACUGCAUGGACGAGCUUACGGCAACGGAGUCUAUUUGGGCAAGGAAUUUUCGACCAGUCAGGGCUACACGAUGGGGGGCGUUCACGGAAGCCACUUGAGUUCUUCAGCAUGGCCGAAUUCUCGGCUCAAUAUCUCCAGUGCUAUCAGCAUGUGCGAGAUCGUCAACGAUCCGGCCCGAUACGUGUCAACACAACCGCAUUUUGUUAUCGACAAAAUUGAGUGGAUUCAGUGCCGGUACCUAUUUGUUCGGGUGAAUGCCUCUUCACAAACUGGCAACCAAUGGCGCCCGAAGAAAUCAGUCUUCACCUCGAAGGGUUAUCUCAGGCAAGACCCUCAACAUCGGUUGAUCGGUGACCAUAGAAAUGAAAUCCUGAUCCCCUUGUCGGCAAUUCCAACUGCCCGCCGUCGUGCUCUCGGACAGCAAGGCUCUGUCGGUGGUCCGGGCCUCACGCGAGAGAACCCUAUCUUGCUCGACGAAGAAGAUGGGGAUGUGCUUGAGGAGGUUGAUGGGGAACUCGACGAUCUCCUGGCCUCGGAUGGCGAGGAGGAGGAUAGCCAGAGACAAACGGUGCGAAAACGACGACGAACUUCCACGGACUCGGGCCUGGGAGAGCUACGACCAUCCAAGCUGACGACGGGGAUGCAGGACCGGAACAGCACAGGCCAACCACAGGCCGGCACUACUACCACCUUCAGGCCUGGCGGUCUGGAUCUGGCCUCUCUUCCCAAGCUCGCCGAGCCGACCUGGGCGGCGUCAUCCCCAGGAGCCCUACGUGCCCUCAACCGAGAGAUCAAGGACCUGCAAAAGAUACAAUCCAGCACUGAUCUCGGUUCGCUAGGAUGGUAUAUCGACUUUGACAAGCUGGACAACAUGUUCCACUGGAUCGUCGAGCUCCACAGCUUUGACGUGAACCUCCCCCUUGCGCAAGAUAUGAAGCGCGCUGGCUGCUCCAGCAUUGUCCUGGAACUCCGUUUCGGCAGCUCGUACCCAAUUUCACCACCCUUUGUCCGUGUCAUCCGCCCACGCUUCCUCCCCUUCGCCCACGGUGGUGGUGGCCAUGUUACCAUAGGCGGCGCUAUAUGCUCAGAGCUGCUCACAAACUCGGGCUGGUCCCCCGCGCUGUCGUUGGAAAAGGUGUUCCUCGAAGUCAGGAUGAAUCUCUGCGACAUGGACCCCCCAGCCCGUCUUGACCGGGUAGAUGGCUUGGGGUCGAUGGAUUACAACAUCUUCGAGGCUAUUGAUGCAUUCCGCCGUGCUGCCACGGCACAUGGAUGGCAGAUUCCUUCGGACGUGGACAUGGUUAGUAGCAUGUCCGCGCUGCUAAACUAA